AUGCCCACCGUGAACUGUUCAGUCACACGGAUAAGUAUCGCUACCUUUGUCGGGGAAGCCAUCGGAGCCUGCAAUUGUUGGAAACCAGAGGCCUUGGAGCGGCCAUCACAACCGUCAUUAGCCCGCGGGACUUACGACACGAUCAACCCCAGAGCAACAUCCACCUUCGUGGAGCCGCCCGCCAAUGGUCUCAGACCACAGCGGACCCCCCAUGGGGAGCAGCCCCCUUGGUCCCCAUUCCCAGAGCAAUUCGGGGAGUCCCAGUUCCAUUUCUACCAGCGUUUUCCAAGAAUCUCCCUCUCUGAAAUAUUCAUCGUGACGAGGUCAGUAUUCGUGCCGGUGGCGGUAAUAGCGGUCACGGUAAAACGUUCCUUGCGCCCGGCCGAUACGGUCAGGGCGAACCUCCCCCCGACCCACACUUGGGGUCCCUCCAGCUGGAGCUGGCGCUUCCCCCUGAACUCCCCAGAAGUUGCGGAGGGCAAGUUCCUUCUUGAGCCAAACCACAAGCUGGUUCUUCAAGUUGCCUCAGAGAACCUACCUUGGGCGGACGCCAAUAAAUACGGUCCAGCCUUCCCGGAAAGUCAUUCGGAGACACUUUCUCCCGGACAACAGCUGCUCGACAUCCCUGCCCCUGGACCACUGCCCCGGCCUGAGACUCCCUGCUCCAGGGCUCUCUGUCCGGGCUUCCACUCUCCCUCUGCCGCCUCCGAGACCAAAGGCACCAAGGAACCAACAACAGAGAUGCAGGUCCUUCUGGCCCGGCCUCUGGCUGCCCUUCUCACGCUGAGCCUCCUGUACCUCGGACCCGUUUCCGCCCAGGGGGUCAAUAUAAAUGUCCUCCUGCAGAUCGUGAACCGUCUGCGUCAGUUUGGCAUCCAGCAGCAAUACGCCGCUGCCAUCAGCUUGCCCCGGGCCACCUGCACCCCGGAUGGAGUGAAGGACCUGAACAAAAUCCUGACAAAUGAGGAGCUGACGCAGAUGAACAACGUGAUCAAAACCUUCGGCAACAUAUACGAGGGGAAGAACGUGGUGGCCGCCCGGGCCCGGACUAACAUCGAGGACAAAACGGAUCACGCCGAGUGGCGCCUGUUGGCCCCGCCUGGGAAGGGACAAGAGAGCGUCGUCCAGCGGCUCCUGACGAAGACGUACAAGGAGGAGAGCUGCCUCGUUUUCUUCACCCUCAACUCCCCCUGCGUCACCAAGUGCGUCAAAAGGGGUACUUAUGACAUCAGCCCCUACGUGCUGGGUCUCUUUCAAUAUGUGAGUCUGCGUGGGGCCUUUGUGUUUCAAGACAUCUUCGGACCCGAUCAGAAAUUGAAGCCCAGCGAUCUGGUGAUGGGUUGGAAAAACCUCUUCCCGGCUCCCGUUUAUCGCUGCCAGAUGACCAGAUGCACGAGCUGCAAUUCCAAACAGACACAAUCCAACCCCUGCAUUCCGAAUUCCUCAGGUUCGGGAUAGCGGGAUACGUCAGCCCUGCCGGCUCCCGGAGUAUCCCGCCCGUCUGUCACCCUUCAGCUUGCCCAAGCCCGGGUCCACCGGUGCCCCGUCCCACACCUCACCCGUCUCUCCAAAGCGCCUCGGUUGCUCCGUCUCUGCCCGUCCGGGUCCUCGGCCAAGUCCGGGCCCCAGUAAAAGUCUCCUUCAGCUCUGGG